AUAAAAAUAUUAUUUCGACAUUCUGUGAAAGUUAUUUUGGAGUUCUAAUAUUAUUUUCUGUGUGUGUUAAUUCUACAAUUCUAAGUGUGUAAAAUUUUAAAUGUUUUAAAAAUGUCAAUUGAGUAUUUACAAGUUGCCGAAGAGGAAGGGGAAGAACCCAUUGAAUUACCUACAGAAGAAGAUGGGACUUUAUUGUUGUCGACGUUAUCAGGACAAUUUCCUGGAGCCAGUGGGCUUAAAUACAGGAAUCCAGAUUCACGAGCAAUGCGUGGCGUUCGAUUAAACGAAGGUCGUUUACAUCCACCACCCGAUGAAGGCUGGGGAAAUCAGGUUUUUUAUUGUGUGUUUCCGAAAGAAAAUAAACGAAAAUCAGAUGAUACAAUUGAAAAUUCAACAGCAAAAACUAAACGUAUGGAGACAAAAUUACGUUGCACCGAUUUAAUUGUUUUAGGCUUGCCAUGGAAGACAACGGAACAAAAUUUACGUGAAUAUUUUGAAUCGUUUGGUGAAGUUUUAAUGGCUCAGGUUAAAAAGGAUACAAAAACAGGACAAUCAAAAGGAUUUGGAUUUAUCCGUUUUGCGUCAUAUGAAUCCCAAUUACGUGUACUGGGACAACGGCAUAUGAUUGAUGGUCGCUGGUGUGACGUCAAAGUUCCAAAUUCAAAGGAGGGAAUGAUUCAGCAAGUGCCAUGUAAAGUAUUCGUUGGACGGUGUACAGAAGAUAUGACUGCGGAUGAUUUACGCGAUUACUUCAGUAAAUAUGGUGAAGUUACUGAUGUUUUUAUACCAAAACCAUUUCGUGCAUUCAGUUUUGUAACAUUCUUAGAACCGGAUGUUGCUCAAAGUUUAUGUGGUGAAGAUCAUAUUAUCAAAGGUGUAUCAGUGCAUGUUUCGAAUGCAGCCCCAAAAACUGAAUCACGUAACAGUCAACAGCAUCAUAUGAAUCAACCAUCAAUGUCUAAUCAUUAUGGUGGACAAAUGGGAGGCUAUGGGGGUAACCAUCAAGGUGGGGGAAAUACAGCAACGGCUUCAAAUCAACCUGGUGGUUAUGGAGGUCAUCAUCCUGGUAGUGGAGCCGCUGCACACCAUAAUAUCGGUGGAUUACACCAUGUACCCACUGGAGGGUUGGGUGUGGGCACUACUGGCGGGCAUAAUAUGGGCGCUGGAAUGUAUGGCAGCAUGCAACAUCAUACAGGAAAUUUAAGCCAUCAUCAGGGUAAUGUUGGCGGUAUGGGAACACAACGUGGGACUUUACCUGGAAUGUUAACUGGAACUCGAGGAAGUGAUCAAAUUUAUGGUAGCACUAGUCGUUAUAAUAAUGGAGCAUGGAAUGUGUCGCAACGUGGAAAUUUAGAUAUGCCAAAUUUACAAGCGUUAGGAAUAACAUCGGGUAUUGCAUCAAAUCAAAGCGGUGGUCAAGGAAAUAAUCCACCAAGUAACUCACAAUCUGGUGUCGGCAAUCAAGGUGUGGGAGGCUCAAAUCAAGGUGGUCAACCUAAUGCUGGAAAUCCAACAGGUGCUGCAGCUCCUCUUAAUAUGGGUCCAUUAAAUUUAGGUGCCCUACCAAUGAGUCCGGCACUUGUCGCUGCGGCUCUAAAUCAAGCAGGUUGGGGCUUAAUAUCAAAUUUACAACCAACAUCAGGCCAUGGUCAAGGACAAGAGAGUUUUAAUCAAGGAUUCGCAUCGCAAAAUGCAAAUCAACCACCUCAAAAUGCAAGCCAGCAAAAUUUUUUAGGAUGGAUGUCUCAGACUGCUGCUGGCAAUACCGGAGUGCCUCAGGAAAUUAGUGGUGGAACACAGCAAACAUCAUCAACACAAUGGGGUGCACCACCACAACAGAAUCCCACACAACAAACCACUGUACAACAACGUGUAAACGCAUCCCAACAAGCGGCCAGUGUUCCACAGAUAGAAAUUAAUUUCCAGUAGAAUGUCAACUUGAAAUUAGGCAGAAAAGGAUUUUCCCAUUCUGGUUAAACUCUAAUAAGACGACAUCGUGGGCAAAUCUCGCAAUUUUAUCAUAGAGAUAAUACUAUCGAGAUGCAUAGACAUAAGGAACGCAAUAGGUGAAUUAUUGACCGCAGUGAGAGAAGUAGAAAGAUACAGAAAUUGUAGGCGUAUAAGAGAGACGAAGACUGUCUUUAUCUUUAGCUAUACGUGCCUAUUUUCUCUAUGGUUUUAUCUCUAUGGAUUUUAUUUGUUCUGUUGGAUCAAUCUUUUAAGGUUAUGCCAAACAGUAAGCGGUAUUAUGACGAGAGUAAUGAUCGAUAUUUGUCCGCCUGUAAUCUGCGGUAUAGAUUGAUUAUUUGCGAUAAAUCUUUUUUAUUUAACCGUACCUUUAAGACUCGGCCUCCUUAUACAAAAGGCAGAUUGCUUUUUUUUUCAUAAAGCAUUUAAUAUCGAAACAAUGACGUCUUAUGCAAUAUUCAGAAUGCGACUUCGUUAAUUAAAAAUUUGGAUUUCACAUCUGAAACAUUAAAAAA